AAACAAACGCCUGAAAACGUCGGGUACUGAUCUCUGUGGAUAAAGCACACCACACCACACGACCCCCAAACCCAACCCAACCGCGUUGCUACAGUCUGCAACAGCAAUCAACCCUUUUUCUCCAUAACCCAACCACAGAGAGAGCUGAAAAAAGCUUCGAGGCUAUCUCUGAAUUCAAUUCACAUCGUAUGGUGACCCACUGCAAGUCCGCACCACUAAACCCCCCCAUAUUAUAAAAAGCAUUCCAUUUCCUGUUAAAAUAUGGAGGCACGUCGCCGUCUGGCCCUUCUCUCUUCCCACCUCCGCCCAAUAAUCGAUUCUCCUGAAAAUUCGACCCUCAAACCCUUUUCAUGCGUUUCAGAUUCGAAUUCAGCUUCCAGUUCCGAUGGCGACAAGGGAACUCAACAACAAUCUGACUGCGUUUUCUGCCAGAUUAUUCGAGGCGAAUCCCCCGCUUUCAAGCUUUAUGAAGAUGACAUAUGCCUAUGCAUUUUGGACAAAAAUCCAGUGAGUCAUGGGCAUGCUCUUAUAAUCCCAAAGUCACAUUUUUCUUCCUUGCGAGCAACUCCACCUUCUGCAGUCGGUGCCAUGUGCUCAAAAGUACCUUUUAUUAGCAAUGCGGUUAUGAAAGCUACUGGCUGUGAUUCAUUCAACUUGUUGGUUAACAAUGGUGCAGCUGCUGGCCAAGUCAUAUUUCAUACUCAUCUUCAUAUAAUUCCUCGGAAGGCACGUGAUUGCUUGUGGAGCUCUGAGAGUUUGCCUAGGUGUCCUCUAAAAUUAGACCAGGAAACUUCAGGACUCGCUGAUCGAAUUCGCAAAGAAUUAUUAUUCUCAGACAACUCCGAAUAUAGCAAGGGCCAAGGAUCUAGUCUCUUCGCAAACUAGUGUUGUUAUCACAUGUACCCAUUUGUACAAUAUGUAUAAUUAUAUAGCCCAUUCUUUCAUGGAGUAUACUUGUGGAAUGAGUUAUAUUUACUGUGAUGAUAAUAUAUUUCCAUGUUCAGAAAAUUUCUUCAGCUGAGACUCAGAGAGAGUUGCUUGGGGUUGUGUUGUACCAUUAUCAGUACGGGUUACAUGGUUAACAUUGAAGACAUUCUUUUUAAAUUCAA